CAGUAAACGCAUAAAAGUCCCUGACGCAACACCAUUAAUUCCUAUCAUAAGGGUCCUUGAGUGAAACAAUUUUCCAACGUGCUAAAAAAUAAGUUCUAUUCUAAAUGUAACGGAAGUGAGCAACAAAAGGCAAAUUAAAUAUAAGUAUAAACAAUCAAUAGGUAUGCAUAGAGCAUCGAUUUGUUACCAUUGUGAUUAGUUGUCAGUUACAAGAGACGAGCGCAUGACUGUCCAAUGGUUUUAUAAUAAAAUUUUGCCGGUAACAUCAUCAGUAUGUAAAUUUGAAUAUAGUGAUCAAGAGUGACAUUAUUACAUUAAAGAAAUGGAGAAUGGGACCGUUACGGAAAACGGACAAGUUUAUAGUGUUACAAGUAAAAAUACGCCAACCACCUCUAGUCUGCACAACUUUGUAGGAGUAAAAUCUAGAUCUGCUGUAUACAAGAAGAAAGAUAUUUACAAACGACUAUCCAUUGUGCUAGCAGUGCUUCUUGUAAUUCUAUUUAUUGCCUUUAUUGUCGCCUUAGCUGAAUACAUUAGAGCAUCGAGAAUGUCUGCCAAACUGUGCGUAUCAGAAGAAUGCCUUCGUUCCGCGGCAAAUCUAAAGCUGUCGAUGGAUUUUAGUGUCAAUCCCUGCGACGAUUUCUACAAAUUUACCUGCGGGCGCUGGUCGACCGAGCACCCCAACCACGGCUGGUACCCUCACUUUUCCAGUUUUGAAACUGCAGACGAAAAAGUAGCCAUAUCAGUAAUGGAGUUUUUAAACUCAAACAUCUCGAGCAGUUACCCAUUACCUGUAAGACAAGCGAAAGACUUAUAUGUGUCUUGCAUGGAUACAGAUACCUUAGACAGGCUGGGUUAUACUGGAAUAAUUAAAUACUUGCAAAAAGUACACUUACCCCUUAUUCCGAGUUUCUUCAACGAGACCGAACGCGCCAACUUCAAAUUCGAUUGGAUCAAAGUUGAGGUCGCGCUAAAGAAGGUGCUUGCGAUGGACAACUUUAUUGGAUUGCUAGUUGAUGCGGAUAUCUACAACCGAAGCCGAAAUGUUAUUUAUAUGGGGGCACCCGAUUCUCCGUGUCCGUUACCAAGUCCAUUUAAGUCGGCAAUUAAAGAGAAGUCUACAAAAAAGCGUGACGCGGAGAAAAAUGUAGAGAAAGAAAAACGAAAAGCCGAAGCGUACAAGAGAAUUGUUAAAGAGGUGAUUAAGCGUUUCUCUUUAAACGUUUCGAGUACAGUUCCCAAUAAAGUUUUAAUGGACGAGGCAGCUAACGUAAUUUGGAAUAUGACUGCAGAUUUAACAGAGCUCGCCGACAUUAAUUCGACAAAUAGCGACUUGCAGUUUUACAAAUUUAAAAUUGACGAACUGCAGAAAUUAAGUGAUGCUUACGUGGCGAAAAAUAAUUUGUCUUCCAAAGUGUCGUGGAGACGAUAUGUAACGUUAAUGUUCGAAAAUGUCCCCAACGUUACACUGGAGUUAAACUCCACAGAUUAUAUUUACGUUCCUUUGGAAGAAGUAAAUUAUUUGCCAGAAGUUGCAGCUUAUCUUUCGAGCGUUUCCGAUCUGUAUCUAGAGCUGUAUAUGUGGUGGAUCACGGCAUAUUCUAUGAUCUUGAGCACCACAACUGAAAUGACCGAUUUAGUUCAAAGGGAAUCUGAACAGAUUGUAAGCUCAACGGUUUCCAGAUCAAGAUCAUUAGAUUGCGCAUCUCUAGUCAUAAAUUUUAUGGGCGUUGCUGUAAGCUAUGGAAUUGUGGACAAAACGUUCAUGAGCAGCACUAAACCAAAGGUUGACAUCAUGCUGAAUGACAUUAAAUCUGCGUUUACCGAAAGAGUUCAACAAUUAAGCUGGAUGGAUAAAGAUACCAAGCACGCCACGUUAGAAAAAUCGAAGGAAAUGGUCAGCUUCAUUGGCUUUCCUGAAUGGUUAAUGGAUGAGGAGGUUCUCGAAGAGUAUUACGCUAAUAUUACAAUGCGCAAUGACACAUUCUUGGAGAACAUGAUGUCUAUGGUAACUCAGUUCACCCCAACAGAGUUAGAGUCGCUUAGGGAUGAGACUGAAAGAACAUGGAAAACUGAUCCUACCACAGUUAACGCCUACAAUUACUUUUCGGAUAAUUCGAUUACUGUACCAAUCGCAAUUCUGACGCACCCAUUUUAUCAUUUAGGCCUAGAAGUUCUAAAUUAUGGCGCAAUUGGAAGUAUACUGGGUCACGAGCUGACACACGGUUUUGAUAAUAUAGGAAGAAGAUUUGAUAAAUUUGGAAACUACAAGCAAUGGUGGAGUAAUACGACGAUUGAGACGUUCGAGAAUAAAUCACAGUGUUUCAUAAAACAGUACGGAAACUUUACACUCUCCUCCAUUGAACAAAAGGUGGACGGUCAACGUACGCUAGGUGAAAAUUUGGCGGAUAACGGAGGACUGCACCACGCCUAUCUAGCCUACAAAAAUGUGGUCAAGAAAAUGGGCGAAGAACCCAAACUGCCCGGAUUUCAGGCUUUCUCAAACAUGCAGUUGUUCUUUAUUGCUUAUGGAAGCAUAUGGUGCGAAUCUAUUGAUCCCGAAUCGUUAAAAUCUCAACUGGAGAAUGACGAACAUUGCCCCAGUUCCUUACGGGUCAUCGGAACGUUACAAAAUUCGCAUGAAUUCUCUGAAGCUUUUAAAUGUCCUCUUGGUAGUAAUAUGAAUCCAAACAAGGAGCGGUGUCGAAUAUGGUGAUUCCCACUUUCUUCGGUUCGUAAUCGACUUAUUACGCUUACAAAAGUUACUAUAGCAAUAUAGCAUAAGCAAGUGAAAUUUUUUCACGUUUCCUUUUAGGAAGUAAUUGGUGCCUUCGCACAUUUAAGGACAUUUUUUUGCAAUUUGCUACACUGUACCUUGCGUGUUAUUACACUUUUUAUAAAUAAACUAGGAAAAACUAUUGAAGUUUGU